AUGGCACACGGACAGCAGUCCAAUCAGCCGGCCUCGUUCAACGUAGGCGAGACGUACAAGAUUGUCGAUGUGGUCGGCGAAGGAGCCUACGGUGUAGUGUGCUCGGCCAUCCACGUCCCCUCGAGCUCUCGCGUCGCCAUCAAGAAGAUCACGCCCUUCGACCACUCCAUGUUCUGCCUCCGCACCUUGCGAGAGAUCAAGCUGCUGCGACACUUUAACCACGAAAACAUCAUCUCCAUCCUCGACAUUGUCAAGCCUACCGACUAUGACAGCUUCUCCGAGGUGUACCUCAUCCAGGAGCUCAUGGAGACCGACAUGCAUCGCGUCAUCCGUACGCAGGAGCUCUCGGACGACCACUGCCAGUAUUUCAUCUACCAGACGCUGCGAGGCUUGAAGGCGCUCCACUCGGCGCAGGUGCUGCAUCGCGAUUUGAAGCCGAGCAACCUGCUGCUCAAUGCCAACUGCGAUCUCAAGAUCUGCGACUUCGGUCUGGCGCGCUCAGCCAACCAACCGGAAGCAGAGGGAACGGGUUUUAUGACCGAAUACGUCGCCACGCGGUGGUACCGUGCACCGGAGAUCAUGCUUACCUUUAAAGAAUACACCAAAGCCAUCGAUGUCUGGUCGGUGGGAUGCAUCCUCGCAGAGAUGCUCUCCGGCAAACCGCUGUUCCCCGGGCGAGACUAUCACCACCAGCUUUCACUCACCUUGGAGAUUCUGGGCACGCCGUCGUUGGACGACUUUUACGCAAUUACAUCCACACGCUCCAGAGACUACAUUCGAGCGCUACCGUUCCGCAAGAAGCGCAAUUUCUCGCAGAUGUUCCCCAAUGCCAAUCCGCUCGCGGUCGACCUGAUGGAGCGCUGUCUCACGUUCAGUCCGAGGAAGAGGAUCAAUGUAGAGGAGGCACUGGCGCAUCCGUACCUCGAGCCGUACCAUGAUCCCGAAGACGAGCCGACGGCGGAGCCCUUGGAUCCGAGCUUUUUCGAUUUCGACUACUGCAAGGAGCAGCUGUCGAGGAGCGAACUCAAGAGGCUCAUCUACAACGAGAUCAUGCGUUAG